AUGCAGCUAGAUCAGUGGCGGCUGAUUGUCCCAGUGGUGAUGUUGGUACUCAACCAAAGUCCGUCCGACACACUCGGCGGUGUAGCACCGACUAUUGUCAUGACGGGUAGUCGAGCAAUGUCGCCCUUGGAUCUCAUUUCUAUUCCUUCGGCGGCCAAAGUUACGAAGUUGGACGACUUGCUGUCAUGGCGAAGCGAUGGCACGGCGGCGAUGGCAACCGCCUUGGACAAGAUGCAUGCGAAGGUGUUGGACGCUUCGACAAGCAAGCGUCAGAAAAAUCGUGAAAGACGAUCGAAGAAAAAAGACGCGGAAAUAGCCCAGUUCGACGUGGGCGAUUUUUUGCUUUACGUGACGUGCGGUCGAUUUCACACUAUGGCGUGGACCAGCAAUCGCCUCAAGUUUUACGCCGACGACCCAUUGGAUGUGACGGAAGAACUGCUGCGCCGCAUUGCGCACAGCGCCGAAGGUCACGUGGUCGACCAGUUCCUCGACUUCCGCUACUACGAUCGAUUGGCCGCGUUUGAAGUGUGCGUGCGCUGGCGCGGUUUACAAGAAAUUGAAGCCUCGUGGGAGCCGGCGGACAAUUUGUUGGAAGACAUUCCAACUGAGUUCAAGCGCUACGUGCGCUCCAACAAGGUCGAUGCUCAAGUCAAGGCGAUGGCAACUGCGUUGGGCGUGACGCAAUCGUUGGGGGAGAUUGUUGCGAAUUUGCCAUUCGCAGAACCCCUGAACCCCUCCCAAGAUGGUAUCCAAGUGUUCGAUUAG